CCUUGAAGAACUUAACCGUGCUCCAGCUCCGCCACUUCAACUGAAGUCGACUAUACCUCCGCCCCGCAGACAAUUCUUCGCAGCGGCCAUACAAAGCCAAUGCACGAACAACCGAUGCCAUCGGAGGCGGCGGCCGGAACCCUAAAGGCGACGGUCGGGACCAAACUGGCGACGUCGGCGAUGAGAUGGGCGGGAAAGGCGGAUCACCUUGGUGGUAUCCCCCGCGCGCUGGUCAUCGCAUCUGUUGGGGCCUUGGCCAAGAUGUUCACCUCCUUCCUCAAUUCCACCCACGUCCACAACGCCGAAACCCUUCAACGCCUCGUCCACUGCCGAUCACCUGACCGACCGCUAAUCACAGUCAGCAACCACAUGUCUACGUUGGAUGAUCCUCUAAUGUGGGGAUUCAAGGGCUUUCCUACAAUGAAUGCAAAGCUAGCUAGGUGGGUGCUAGCAGCUGAGGAUAUAUGUUUUAAAAAUGCAAUUUAUUCUUACUUAUUUCGACUAGGAAAAUGCAUUCCAAUAACAAGGGGAGGAGGAAUAUAUCAAGACAAUAUGAAUGAGGCUCUUGACGUCUUAAUCAAUGGAGGCUGGGUACAGUUGCAUACUUUUCCUGAAGGUAAAAUUUGUCAAGAGAGUGUACCUAUUAGACGUUUAAAAUGGGGAACUGCCAGUUUGAUCGCCCGAGCUCCUGUAACCCCAUUAGUUCUGCCAAUCGUCCAUUGUGGUUUUGAGAAGGUAAUGCCUGAGAAAUAUAAGUUCGAUCGAAGGCCACUAUUCCCUCUCAUCAACAAACAUAUAAAAAUUAUUGUUGGGGAACCCUUAGAGUUUGAUGUUGAAAGUUUGAGACAGAAGGCCAAAACUAUGUCCCAUGAAUCUUCGUCUGGGUCUCUUGGGUGGCCUCAUACCUCGCCAGACGGGCUUAGUGUGGGAGCUCAGAGAUGGCUUUAUGCCAACAUUUCAGAUGAGAUUAGAAAUGUUAUGGAGAGGUUAAGAACCUUCGGGAUGGCAGCAAAGAAGCUGCACUUUUAGAUAGCUUGUAGAGCUUCUUUCUUUCUUUUGCUUUAGGAUACAGGCAAAAUGACUUAGAUUUUUUCGGCUUUGCCCAUUGAUUUUUUCAUUAA